UGAGUUGUCCUAACUACAAAUCCAGAGUUAGCUCCCUCCCAUGUGUGUCUGGGGGAGAGUUGAAGUGCGGUGGUGAGUGGUGGACUAAUGAAAAAGGUUGGCAGUGCAGUCAAAAUCCAUAAAAACCUCGUGACUAUUCCAUCAAAAAAGAAUAAACAAACACGUUUGAUUUUCCAACACACUUCACUCCCUUUUACUUCCCCUUCAAUCCAUCAUGAAAAUUCUUCAAUAAGCAUCAUCGCUAACUCUUUUUUUUUUUUUCCUUCUUUGAUCUGUCUCGAGCAGAAAUUCAACCCUCCUAUUAUGGCAAAAACACUGCUGCUUCUUUUUUUCCUCUCAGCUCUGACCUCAAGGAUUACUCACCAACAAGAGAUCUUCUUUGAAGGCUUCAAUGGUGGUGAAGCCGCCGCAAACAUGUCCCUAAACGGUGGCGCAGUUAUUUACCAAAGCGGCACACUUGGUUUAACAAACGACACUCAGAAGGUAGUUGGUCACGCGUUUUACUCGACCCCAAUCCAAUUCAAGAACAAGAGCAAAGUUGUCUCCUUUUCCACCGCAUUUGCAUUCGCAAUAGUCCCUCAGUACCCAACACUCGGUGGCCAUGGCUUCGCCUUCACCAUUGCUCCCUCCAAGGACCUUCCCAACGGUUACCCAAGCCAGUACUUGGGCCUCCUCGGCCCAAAAAACCUCGGCAACUUCUCCAACCACCUCUUCGCGGUGGAGUUUGACACCGUUCAAGACUUCGAGUUCGGAGACAUCAGUGACAAUCACGUGGGCGUUAACCUCAACAACAUGGCCUCCAACAAAUCCGUUAAAGCAACCGUUUUGGGACAAGAAGAGCUGAACUUGAAGAGUGGCAAAGUGAUUCAAGCAUGGGUUGAUUAUGACUCCUCAAAGAACCAACUGGAGGUUCGUCUCUCCCAAACCUCAACAAAGCCCAAUUCUCCUAUCUUGUCGUACGAGGUUGAUCUCUCACCGAUUCUCAAGGACUCCAUGUACGUUGGAUUCUCCUCUUCAACAGGGAUGCUAGCUAGCUCUCACUAUAUCUUGGGCUGGAGCUUCAACAUCAACAAUGGAGACGCCAAAACCCUCUCCUUGAAGAACCUCCCUCCACUCCCUUCGCGAGACAAACCCCAUAGAAGGUCCUUAAUCUUAGGGCUCUCUCUCUCAGCUUCGAUAUUGCUCCUCUGCUCCAUUGCCUUAUCAUUCUACCUCACCAAAAAGCUGAAAAACGCAGAAGUAAUCGAACCGUGGGAGCUAGAAGUUGGUCCACAUAGGUUCCCCUACAAGGAGCUGAAGAAAGCUACCAGAAACUUCCACCACAAGAACAUGCUCGGCUUCGGCGGCUUCGGCGCGGUUUUCAAGGGAACACUGGCAAACAACACCGAAAUCGCAGUGAAGCGAGUCUCCCAUGACUCCAAACAGGGAUUCCAAGAAUUCGUGUCGGAAAUCGAGACCAUAGGCAGGUUGCGCCACAGGAACCUCGUACAGCUCCAAGGUUGGUGCAGAAACCAGAUCGAUCUUCUAUUAGUAUACGACUUCAUGCCAAACGGAAGCUUGGACAAGCACCUGUUCGAAGAUUCACCAAGAAAAACGCUAACAUGGGAACAGAGGUUCAAGAUUGUGAAGGGCGUGGCUUGCGGACUCUUGUACCUUCACGAGGAAUGGGAACAGACGGUGAUUCACAGGGAUAUCAAAGCAGGGAACGUUCUGUUGGACGCUGACAUGAACGCGCGCCUCGGCGACUUUGGUUUGGCCAAGCUAUAUGAGCGUGGUUCCAACCCGAGCACCACCAGGGUGGUAGGGACGCUGGGGUACCUUGCGCCAGAGCUAACGAGGACGGGGAGGCCAAGCACGUCUUCCGAUGUUUAUGCGUUUGGGGCGCUGCUGUUGGAGGUGGUGUGCGGGAGGAGGCCGGUGGAGGCGAAGGCGCUGCCGGAGGAGCUUGUUCUGGUGGAGUGGGUGUGGGACCGGUGGCGCUUGGGGGCGGUGUUGGAGGUGGUGGACCCCAAGCUUGGCGGAGUUUAUGAUGAGCUGGAGGUUGUGGUGGUUAUCAAGUUGGGGUUGCUGUGUUCGUGUGAGGUGCCGGAAAUGAGGCCAACUAUGAGGCAGGUUGUGCGCUUCUUGGAAGGGGAGAUCCCGUUGCCGGAGGGGAUUCCUCCGCCGGAUGGCUUUGGUGGUGGAAAGUCUGGACAUUCGUAUGGCGGGAACACGUGGUUGUCGCCGCUUGAUGAUGACGUGGAGGGUGCUUUGUUUUCUGGUACAAGGGAUGAGGAUGGUAGGUAGACCUCUCCCUAUUUGGUUUGUUUUUCAUUUUUAAUAUUUUGGUUUUAAAGAUUUUAUUUAAAAAUGUAAAAAUAAAAAUAGAUUUUUUUCGUUUUUAGUAAAAUUUUUAGCUUGAUACAAAAUUAGGAGUUCAUAAUGAAGAGAUCUAGCUUGGUUAAGAGCAAUCAUCCAGCAUGUAAAUCAAUAAAAUAAUACGACCAGAGAUACACACAGA